AUGCCUACUAUCGAUCUUAAGGGUACAACAGGCACAAACACAAACCCUAUCACCUCUAGAACAUUAUACGGACGACAAGGAGUACCUCAAGAUCAGUCGAUAUGUGGAUUCACAGACACUAUAACUAAAACAAGCAUAACAUGUACCAACAAUACAUCAGAUGGACAGUAUCAUAUAUUAGAAUUUUUGUAUAUGCCAGAAAUAGAGACACUUCAAAUCUAUAAAUACAGUAACUCUAGCAAUGCAAAUACAUCGAUCAAUAUAUUAGAAUUUAAUAAUAAUAAUAAUAAUAAUAAUAAUAAUAAUAAUAAUAAUAAUAAUAAUAAUAAUAAUAAUAAUAAUAGUAAACUUUUGCUAACUCUCUCUUUUCUCUCUUUUGAUAUUAAUGUUAUUCCACCUUCGAAUCUUAUCGUUUAUUAUGGUGUUACCAAUACUUCAACCAGUAGAGUAUCUUGUUCCAGUUAUGGUGGUACUUGUGAUUUGAGGAUUGCUAGUGGAGCCACUAGCAAUAUAGUGUACUUAACAAUUGUAGGAACGAUGUCUCCAUUCCCAAUUACAACAGAAUUAGAUAUUCAAAACAAUAAUAUUAGCUCUAUUCCGAGUAUACCAAUGCCCAAAACUAUGAAUACCCUUAUAUUUGACCGCAAUCUCUUGACUGGUUUCGAUAUUGAUGUCAUCCUUUCCUCGAACCAAAAAAUCAAUUUACUUAGUUUUGAUAAUAAUCCUAAUUUUGUUGGCCCCAUAACACAAUCCUAUUGCAGUCAAAAGAUUAGUAUAAAAAACACGGCUGUUGUUGCACCAUUGCCAGAUUGUUUUUGGUGUUAUUACAAUUCUACCCCUCCUCCCAUCUUUACUAAUCUCCCAUAUCCAUCAGGAUUUGUUUGUAAUGUUUCAAUUGAUAAUGCAUCAAAUCUAUUUUUAACUAAAGGCUCUAUAGUUACAAUUACAGGUAAUAACUUGGGGUGGGGAGGAUCUGUAUCAAGUUAUAGUCUUGAUGUGAUUAAACCCAAUCGAGUGAUUGCUGUGAAAAUUUAUGACCCGCCACUUGUAAUCACUCCAACCACCAUUAAAUGGGCUCCUUUUAAUGGUGCCCCAGAGUCUACCAUAUCGGCACUAGAGGUUGGUAUUUCAUUUAGUGCUUUGGAUGUGUUGCCAACUUAUCCAACUCCAACAGUCUCGUUGGAUGUGUUUAUCAUCAACCAAAACCUCAACAACACUAUCAUGGUAGACGGCACCGUAUGCACUUUCACAAACUAUAAUCUCUCUCAAACUAGUUGUCCAACCAACACCAGUCUCUCUCUUGGUUCACAUCAACUCAAUAUUUCAAAUCCGUACAAUUCAAAUGUACUAGGGUUUAUAUAUUAUUAUCCAACCAUCGUUUCAGUGUCUCCUGUACCCUUCUUGUCAGGAUCAGAUAUUACCAUUAAAGGUGACUUUGGACAACAACAAACAAUCAGUUCGUCAAUAGUUGUUUUUAUAAACAAAGAUAUUGAAGUUUCACAGUGCGCUGUUAAAUCAAUUUCUUCGUCAACCAUUAUUUGUCGUUUGGAAAGACAAGUUGAAGCAUACCAAAUAAGAGUCGGAUUGAAUGGAUAUAAUUCAACUUACCCAUUAUCAUACCAAGAGUUAUGUCAACAAUCAACUAUCAAUUGUCAUGGUAACGGUCUGUGUAAUCAAGAUGGUCAAUGUGAUUGUAACAGUAAUGGUUAUUAUAAUAAUUGUGCAAAACCAUAUCCAACCAUUUCAUCUGGUAGUUUUAAUACAACAAACAACAAAAUAAUUAGUAUUAAUGGUGAUUUUGGACCUUAUGGGCAAUCAAACCCAUCAAUCAAGAUUAAUAAUACUUUGGAUUGUAUUGUCUUUUCGGUAUCACAACAAUUAAUCAUUUGUGAAUUAGAUCAAGCACCAAAUUAUGGAUUAUCAUCGGUUCAAUUACAACUUGAUUCUUUGGAUACAAAUGCAAAGGAUAUAUUAUAUCUUAGACAACCUGAUAAUGGAGGUAAUAAUGGUACGACAAGUGGAUCAACAACAUCUACUGGAGGACCAACAACAGAUACACCACAACAACAAUGUGAAAAACAAACAUCAAAUUGUUAUGGUCAUGGUAUUUGUGGUGUAAAUGGAAUAUGUCAAUGUGACAAAGACUAUAAUCAAGCUGAUAAUUGUUUUACAAAGUUUAUAAAUACAACGAUUACACCAAAUACAACCUCACCAACAGUAUCAUUUGAUAUUGAUGGAAUUGAUUUCCAAUUUGAAGUUGUAUCAAUUCAAGAAUUGGAUUUUGAUAGUAAUAUUGUUAAAGAAUUAUUUAUUUCAAAUUAUACUUGGAUUGUGAAUGCAUCAACCAAUAAUAUUACAACCGUCGUUGAUUAUCAAUUAAAUACAACCUCUUCACCAUCAACAGACAUAAACUCUAUAUUAUUCCCAUUCAAUCAACAACUUCACAUUAAUCCAAACUCCAUAAAGUUGGCUGUCAACGUAACAAAUUGGCAAUACUCAUCGAAUUUAGCAACACUCAGAGUUGUAUUUAGAACCAUCAUCAUCAACAAUCAAACAGUCCAAUACGAUUGUAACGACAAGCAAAUUGAUGCAUUAACAUAUGAUUCAUUGUCAUCAUUGCAAUACCUCAGAGUGAUCAAAGAUGAUAUUCAAUUCAAUGGUAGAUUUAUUGAUGUUGCAUUGUCUGAUGGUCGACCAACCUAUUCACAAACACAACUCAUAUCAUUGACACAAUCAACCAGCAAUGAAGAUGAAUCGAUUGCAUUGAUUGGUAUCAACUUACCACAAUGUCAAUCAUGUGUUCUCGAUCCUGAUUUCUCACCAUUAUUAAUUGACAAGAGUAAUGAUAGUGGAUGUGAGAAAUCAAAUACAUGGAGAAUCGUUGUUGGAGUUGUCGUUGGUGGAGUUGGUGCUGUUGCCAUUGCAUUUGUUGUUGAUCCUAUCCUCAUCACUGCAAAAGGUGAGUCGUCGGUCAUCGUCAUAACCUAG